GAUUUGCGCAAAUUAGUGUAGACAAUUCAACCUUUACAUAUACAGAAAAAGAGUCUCCUCAGGUUAAUCUUACUGGGAAACAACCUAUUAUUAUCUCUUUUAGGCGUUAUGAUGACAGUGAAGGCACGACUGUGCUUCGCGUUGGUCGUCGAAACAUUGAAGACCCUGUAUUAUGUUAUGAACAGAGAUUAUUAAUUCGUGUCAUUCAAGCAAAUGGGAAUGUUAUUGAAAUAAAUCCUGACAAUUUUGAGAAUAUACAAUAUAUAAAUUAUUGCGUUAAUAAAAAUUCAAAUCCUAUACAUUUAUAUCCAUUAUUUGAUAAAUACAUUUUAAUUACGUAUGUUAAUGCAAGUAAUACUUCCGAUAAAACAACUUACACAGACGUGGGAAUGGUUAUAGAUUGGAGCGGUAAAUUUAUAAGUGAAAUCAAUUUUGGACCAUCUUAUUUACAUCCGCGCACUAAUAAGUGGAUCCGAAGCGAAAAACUAGUAAAUAAUAUCGACGCUCAAAAAGGAUUUUUACGUUUAUCUGGAGUAACUGGAACUUUUAAUGCUAACUGGAGUCAAUUUGAACAUACGGGCAACGGAGUCUUCAAUUUAUUAAAGAAUGAUACAAUAUAUAUGUCACCAGAAAAUAUUCUUUCCUAUACUUACACUGUAAUUGCAACUUUGAAUGGUGGAUAUACGAUUGUAUUCGCUAACUCAACUGUGAUUUAUACAAAUUCUAGCGUUAUUUCUUCACAUUCAGGAAUAUAUGCUAUAUUCUUAACCAAUAAUCAAACUAAAACACCUCCAAAAAUUGUUUUACAUGAAUCGCCGAAUCAGCUAGGAUUUUCCGAUAGUAUAUAUUGCUCUGUCGAUUAUGUUUCUAUUGGCCAUUCAUGCAUAAUACCUGUAGAUAUGUAUCAAAAUUAUACUACUGAGAUUCUUAAUGUAUCAAUAACAACUAUAACUUCUGCAAUCGCGAUGACGACUAUGCCAGUUGUCACAACUGUAACGAAUCGAUCUAAUAUCACUACUACCAACAAAACCAGUGCUGCUAUAAGAAUCCGUUUUCUUUCUUCCGGGGCUGUAAGAACAUUUAAUCAAACACUGAUCAUGUAUAACGAAUCUUUUGAUACUCGAGCACUUUCUUUUGGUGGAUAUAUAGUAAUAGCAAAAACACCAAGUUCUAUUGAACAUGUUUUUUAUUUCAAUUAUGCUAUUUAUAAUGAAGAAGAUACACUAUUAUACAAUGUAUCUAAAACUAUUGCAGUAAAUAGAUCGGCCCAAUAU